AUGAAUGGCUGUGAGAUCAAGCAGAAGCAGAAGGCCCAGGAGGAGUUGAGCGCCCGCCCCCAGCCCCUCCCACUCCCAGACGUGGUUCCAGACGGCGACUUUCACCACGGCAACUACGGAAUCCCCGCCCUCAACGGAGGCCAUGCCCCCUUGGGCCCUGCUAUGCUCGCCCCCGGCCUACAGCAGCCCAAUCGAAAUCACGGACUUCUUGGCGGGGCCUUGGCCAACCUGUUUGUGAUUGUAGGGUUCGCGGCGUUUGCCUACACGGUGAAGUACGUGCUGCGGAGCAUCUCCCAGGAGUGAGAGAGGGCUGAAGAAAACGGGACUGUUGACCCUCGGCCCAGUUACAGGACUAUUAGAGGAUUUAGACAUGCGGGGGGGGGGACCACCCACCUGGAGGAGGAGGUGGGGGUAUGGGGGGAAUGAAUGGAAUGGGGUUGGUUGUUGAUCUUCUCUGUGCUUAUGACCCAUUAGCAGGUGGAAGUGCUUGGCUCAUGGGUUGUAUAGUGAACCAUAGACAUUUAAGUUAAGGUAGAUUGGUGAUUCUCUGUGAAAAGCAACGUUAUAUUGUAUAGCAAUGUGGCUUGGCAGCCAUGUUGACCAUAGACUUAAUUAAUUGUUCUUCUCCACAUAAUUACUCUGAAUCCGCCGUGUUGUCGGUGUCUGUGUGCUAGAUCAAUUCUAUCUGUUGUGCCGCCAUGUUGGCUGAUCCCUGUAAAGAAUCGUGUGGAAUUUGGAA